AUGAAGUUGGAUAUAACAUCGAUACCGUCAAAGUCAGAUUCAAACGUACCUAUGGAUGGAUGCUCAAUAAUACAAAAUCAAGUAUUAUUUUCUCUUAUGUGUAACACAAAUUGUGAAGGUUGUGCAAAUCCGUGGAGUGGAAUGAUGAACAUCAACAAACGUGAAGGUUUAUUCCUGAUAUUAUCUUUUCGAUGUUCAAUAUAUCAAAACACCACCACCAUUGAAACAAGCCCGAAGGUUGUUGCAUCAGAUCGCCGAGACAUCAACGUAAGAUCACAAAUAGGUGGCCAUUUAUGUGGUAUCAGACAUACUGGAUUAGUGAAAUUGAUGGGUGCUAUGAAUUUACCGAGUCCCAUUCAAGAUGAAAGAUAUUCCAAAUGGGAUAGAGAUUUACUAAGUAUGGUCAAAUCAUUCACUAGAAGAUCAAUGAAGAAAGCAGUAGAGGAAACUGUAGCCGCGGAAAAUGGUACAGAAUUAAUGGUUAGUGGAGAUGGAUUCUGA